AUGGCGGACAGUGACGGCUUAGGUGAAGCAGCGAUUGCUGCGGCGUCUCCUUCUGCCUCUGCUCCCGGCUUAAGCCCGUCGCUGGGCUGGAGGGAGCGGCUGCGGGCUGGUCUGGCGGGCACUGGGGCCUCACUGUGGUUCGUGGCGGGGCUGGGGCUGCUUUACGCUCUGAGGGUCCCGCUGAGGCUGUGUGAGAAUUUAGCAGCGGUGACAGUAUUUUUAAAUUCAUUGACACCCAAAUUCUAUGUGGCACUUACAGGGACAUCUUCUUUGAUAUCAGGACUAAUAUUUAUAUUUGAAUGGUGGUACUUUCAUAAGCAUGGCACAUCUUUUAUUGAGCAAGUUUCUGUAAGCCAUUUGCGACCAUUGAUGGGAGGAACAGAAAGCAGCAUUUCAGAGCCAGGUUCUCCUUCCAACAACAGAGAGAGCGAAACCAGCAGGCAGAAUUUGUCAGAAUGUAAAGUAUGGAGAAAUCCUCUAAAUCUUUUCAGAGGAGCAGAAUAUAGGAGAUACACUUGGGUGACUGGUAAAGAGCCACUUACAUACUAUGACAUGAAUUUGUCAGCUCAGGACCAUCAGACCUUUUUCACCUGUGACACAGACUUUUUACGUCCUUCAGAUACAGUUAUGCAGAAGGCAUGGAGAGAAAGGAAUCCUCCAGCUCGAAUCAAAGCAGCCUAUCAAGCUUUAGAAUUAAACAAUGACUGUGCCACUGCAUAUGUUCUACUGGCUGAGGAAGAAGCAACAACUAUUGUAGAUGCCGAAAGGUUAUUUAAACAGGCACUCAAGGCAGGAGAAACAAUUUAUAGGCGGUCACAACAGUGCCAGCACCAAAGUCCUCAGCAUGAAGCUCAACUGAGGAGAGAUACCAAUGUACUUGUGUAUAUUAAAAGAAGACUGGCAAUGUGUGCAAGAAAAUUGGGAAGAAUAAGAGAGGCAGUAAAAAUAAUGAGAGAUUUAAUGAAAGAAUUUCCUCCUCUUACCAUGUUGAACAUCCAUGAAAAUCUCCUAGAAUCACUUUUAGAAUUACAGGCCUAUGCAGAUGUCCAAGCAGUUCUAGCAAAAUAUGAUGAUAUAAGCCUUCCAAAGUCAGCAGCCAUCUGUUAUACAGCAGCACUAUUGAAGACAAGGACUGUUUCAGAUAAAUUCUCUCCAGAAACAGCCUCCAGAAGAGGGUUAAGCACAGCAGAAAUUAAUGCUGUGGAAGCAAUUCAUAGAGCUGUGGAAUUUAAUCCUCAUGUUCCAAAAUAUUUACUAGAGAUGAAAAGUCUCAUUUUACCUCCAGAACACAUUCUGAAACGGGGUGAUAGUGAAGCAAUUGCCUAUGCUUUCUUUCAUCUUCAGCACUGGAAGAGAAUUGAAGGUGCUCUUAAUCUGUUACAGUGCACGUGGGAAGGCACUUUUAGAAUGAUUCCAUAUCCAUUAGAGAAAGGCCAUCUAUUUUAUCCUUAUCCCAGCUGCACAGAGACUGCUGAUAGAGAGCUAUUACCUCCAUUUCAUCAUGUUUCUGUUUACCCAAAGAAGGAGAUUCCUUUUUUCAUCCAUUUCACAGCAGGACUAUGUUCUUCUACAGCAAUGAUAGCUUUUCUUACACACCAGUUUCCUGAAAUCAUGGGUGUUUUUGCUAAAGCUGUAAGUAUGAUCUCAAGGACUUGUGUAGAAUAUUUGUAAAACACACAAGAAACCAUCUCUGAUCUGUUUGUGCUAAACCAGUUGAGCAGUGGAAGGUAUUUGUUAUAAAGUAAAUUACAGGAAUUGAUUUAUAAAGUUGCUGCCAUAAAUAUGUCAAACAUAAGUUUUUGGUGAUUUGAGCUAUAUUUUUGUUGCUUAAAAGUUUUGAAAAUACAAUGUCAUAAAUUAUAAAGCUGGUCUUUGUAGAUCACUUUUGGUGGUAAAGUUAACCCUUGUUACUAGUUAAAGAAUAAUCCAGCCCUUUUAAAUGCAUUUUCUUUGGGGUUUUUAAAAAAAUUCCUUGUUUUGUACAAAAGCCUUUUGGUUUUUCCAUUUAAAUGAAAUCAUUAGUUCUAAGGAUUUGCUGAAUGUUAUAUUCAAGAGUGCCCCUAGGAUAAGGAAUAAGUAGGUAAGAUAGGACAGUUGAGACAUUUGUCCUGGGUUCAGAAUGUGCCCUUUCACUCAAAAGUCCUCCUUGUUAUUAUAUGUGCAUAUUCUUACUGAUCUUCCCAACCUUGGAUGUAAAACCAUCUACAGACCUUUAUUUUCAUUUUUACCCCUUAGUUUUGAACGGCUUCCCCAUUUCCUGACCCAGGCCCAGAAAGUACUUGAGGAUUGAUUUUAAAGAGAGUAUCCUGUGAUUAUUAACUUUUCUACAUAAACCUAUUAAUUAAUGUCACUGACUCAGCAAAAUUACCAAAGAGAAGUCCCUUUAAGUCUCUAAGCCUAAUAAAAAAAGACAUGUCUUGUACAUCUUUGCAUUUUUACCAAGUAAUGAAUUCAAACCCAAAAAGAAAAUGUUAAUUCAUUAUACUCCCAAAUAGAAAAGCACUGAGAACCAUAGAAAUAUUAGCCUUUAUUUGGUAAUGCAGUUUCUAUAUUUUUCUCUUUGUGCCUCCAUUAUAACUCCCUGUGUCCUCACAGUUUCUUUUCUUGCCUUAAGAAUAGUUUAUUUUGUGCCUUAAAGAUUAGCUGGUUUUCUUCUGGCACCAGUAGUGAGAGCACUGGUUUCUCUUUUUCCCUGAAGGUCAACUAUUAUAAUGUGUUAAGUUGCCACUGGCUGUAGGCCUAAGAGUUUGAGACUACAGUUGAUUCUGGGUCAGGCUUCAAGAAGGAUGACUUUUUACUGGUGUUCAGGGAGUAUAGAUAUUUGGGUUGGAAACUGACUCUUCUACUUCCUUUUAGUAUAAAAAGAAAGCUUACUGAUCACACCAUAACUCUAUUGCUUGCAGUGGUGCUGAUUGGCGAGUGUGUGUCUCAAAGUGAAAUGACCUCACUGUGUAAUCUGGCAUGGAAAAAAAUGGACUAAACAGAGAAUCCCGUCCAUUUAACAAGCAGAAAAAAAUAUGCAGCUGUGUAUUUGAGAUCAUAGAAAAGCAGUGGGAGAGAUGGUCUCUCAGGGCAUUGGGAAGGAGGUAAAAUAGAGAGAGGAGGGAGAUCUAGAAUCUGGAGUAGAGAUACAGUAAUUGUUAGCAGUGUCCUUCCAUGAAGUACUGGCUAAAAUUAAUGUGGAGUGUGUACUCACUGUCUGCUGUACCCAUCAGUGUUAGUAUAUAAUGUCUGCCUUACCUAAGAGAUCUCUGAUGCACCAAAAGAGCCUUUAGGAUUACAUAACACAAGGUCCUAGCAGUGUCUGAGAGUAAAUAAUUAUCCAUUUGAAAGUUGAAGCUUCUUUUUUAGAUCAAAAGUUAUUAAUUUACUGUGAUUCUAGUUGAUGAACAAUAAAUAGACAUUUGUUUACUA